UAAACUGCCAGUUGGUUAUGUGGCCCCAGAAAGGGGUUUAUCAUCUCAAACCGAGAGCGAAGAUACCAGUGACACUAUGCAGUCUUGGUGUAGGGGCCACUUUCGGAGAGUCGAUUCUGCACGAUCUUCCUCGGGAGAGUACUGUCACCACCAGGACGACGUGCGAAUUGUUGAGAGUGGAACAACACGACUUCAGGCUGAUUUGGGAGAAAAACAAGGAGUUGAUGAGCGAAUUAGUGGCGAACCGAAAACUGAAAAAUGGAUUUGGACCAGGGGUGUGUCUCACAGGCACCCAACGAGAAGGUUCUCCCACAGGAAAAAGCUCUCACAGUUUAGACGGACCCAACCCUGCCGAACCCAUAACCGAGGCACCAAGUCCUGCAAUGGCUCGUAUCGGUUGGGCCUUACGAGUAAUAUUAUUGAGCGAAACCGGAGGUUGUUUAAAAGACAGAAAAUUAUCAGGUAAACCAGUAAGACGAUGUGCACCUGGCACAGAGUUGGUGGACUGGCUCGUCUCCCUUUCUCCUGCAGUCCAUGGACGUUUGCAGGCCCAAGGCAUGUGGCAGGCCUUGUUGGAGGAAGGAGUUAUAGCACAUGUUGCCCAUGAGCAACCCUUCAAAGACAAAUGCUUCCUAUAUCGGUUUCGUCAAGAUGAAGAUCCUCCAGGAGGUGCAACCACUGGAAGUAACAAUAAUGCUCUUCCAAGUAUGGAAGAAUUGGCCAGGGCUGAAGAACAUGUUAGAGACGCUCUUGCAGCUUUGGCACACAGGGCUUCUGAUGCACUUUUGAGGAUGAUACUUAGAAAACCGUGA